AUGCUUCAGGCGCAACACAAUAGGCGGCGGCGGCAGCAGCAGCAGCAGCAGCAGCAGCAGCAGCCUUCAGCAGCAAGCAGCAGCUUUGCAGCUGCUGCUUCAUAUAUAUCGGGAGCAGCAGCACCUGCAGCGCAUAGCAGCAGAGCUGCUGCAACGAAUGGGAUGCGACACUCCUUGCGCAGCCUCGCUGCUGCUGCCGAUUCUAGCAGCAGCAGCAGCAGUAGCAGCAGCAGCAAACCCUCCCCAGUAGCAUCUGGAGGGAAGGAUUCAGUUGCAAAUCAACAAGUUAGCGGCAGUCCUGUAGCUGCAUCAGCAGCAGCAGCAGCAACAGCAACAGCAACAGCAGCAGCAGCAGCAACCGGCGGCUCCUCGCAGCAGCAGGGCCAUGUGGGGCUGCCGCGUCGCAGCAGCUCCUCAGCUGUCUCCUCUCCUGCAGCGGUUGCUUCUAGCUCCGCUGUAGCAGCAGCAGCACCAGUUGCUGCAUCUACACCGGCCGCAUCCGCAGCAGCAGCCCCAGGCGGAACAGCAGCAGGCGCCGCACCAGCAGCAGCAGCAGCAGCAGCAGCAACAGCAGCAGCAGCAGGGGAAGAUGUGGAGUGCAGCGUCUGCCUCGUUAAGGGCUCCGAGCCCCACAACAGCAUUGUCGUGUGCAGCGGCUGCGGUGCUGCUGUUCAUCAGUACUGCUACUCCUUAUAUACUUUACCCCAAGGCCCCUGGUUUUGCUGCUUGUGCAGCUGGCAGCAGAAGCAGCAGCAGCUGCAGCAGCAGCAGCAGCAGCAGCAGCUUCUGCAGCCCCAGGGGCCCCUUGCUCUAGCGGCAUCUGCUGCUUCAUCAGGCGAAGGCAGCAGCGCAGGUACGGCCCCUGGGCAGCAGCAGCCUCCCCAGCCCCCCGCAGCAGCCAGCAGCAGCAGCAGCAGCAGCAGCAGCAGCAGCAGCAGCAGCAGCAGCAGGGAAGAAGUAUGCAGGCUUUGCCUGAGGGGUGGAGGAGCAAUGCGUGUAGGGGAAGAGAGGAUGUGGGUGCACAGCUGCUGCGUCUUGUUUGCUGCUGGGGGCCCCUACUUUCAGCAGCAGCUGCAGCUCGAUAGUCCUGCUGCAGUUGGUGCUUCUAUAUCGCUUGCUGCUGCAAUGGGGUGGCGCUGCUGCUUGUGUGGUUCUGGAGGCUUCCCUGUUGCUUGCUGCUACCCAGGCUGCAGCAAACGCAUGCACAUUACCUGCGCUAAAGCAGCAGGUUGCUGCUGCUGCUGCUGCUCUGUCUGGGCCUCUAAUACAGAGGGAAUAGGAAGAGAUAAGACGUGGAGAGCUGUCUUCUGCAUGCAGCACAGCAAUCCUGAUGCAGUUGAGAAGGCGAGGCUUUCUUUAAAGAGACAAACUGCUGCUGCAGCUCCUGCUGCUGCAGCUCCUGCUCCUGCUGUUGCUGCUGCGUCUCCGGCUGCUGCUGCUGCUCUUGUUCCUGCUGGUACGGGGGGGGGCCCUGCUGCGGCUCCUCUCACCGCCUCUCCUACUCCAGAAGCAGGAACCAAUGCAGCAGCAGCAGCAGCUGCUGCUGCUGCUGCUGCAACAAACGCAGCAGCAGCACCUGCUGCGGGAGACGAUGCAGCACUCAGAUUCCAUCAACUCCAGCAGCAGCAGCAGCAGCAGCAGGAGGCGGCGGCUGAGCUGCACCGGCAGCAGCAGCUGCAGCAAGCCAUGCCAAACACCCCACCGCAGAUGCUUGCUGCUGCACGAGAUGCAGCAGGGCAGCAGCAGCAGCAGCAGCAGAAGCUGGCCCUAACCCCGCAGCAGCAGCUAUUCGUUCAGCAGCAGUACCUGCAGCAGCAGUUCUUGCAGAAGCAGUACUUACAGCAGCACUUGCUGCAGCAACAUUUGCUGCAGCAGCAGCUGCUGCAGCAACAGCAGCAGCAGUUGCUCCAGCAACACUACUUGCAACAAAAGCAGCAGCAUCAGGACCCCUCGACAGCAGCAGCGGAUGCAGCAGCAUCAGCAGACGCAACGGAUUCCUCUAGCCUUGCUGGCGGGAGUGCUACUGCUGCUGCUGAGACAGCAGCAGCAGCAGCAGCUGCUGCUGCUGCUGCUGCGACGGCUCCAGGAGGGGGGCCGCUGUACGCAGCAGCAGCAGCAGCUGCUGCUGCACCGUCUGCUGCUUCCCUCCUAAUGAACCCCACAGGGCCGCCGCUGCUUCCGGCUCUGUCUCCGCAGCCUGUAGCAGCAGGAGCAGCAGCAGCAGCAGGUCCUCCUGCAGUUGCUGCAGUGCCGACAGGAAUACCAGCAGCAGCAGCAGCAGGAACUCCACCAUCAGCAGCAGCAGCAGGAACUCCAGGAGCAGCAGCAGCAGGAACUCCAGCAGCAGCAGAAGGUAGUGCAGCAGGAAGCAGCGGGGGAGCAACGCGAGGCUUAAGGGCCCGGGGCCGUCAGUCUGCAGCAGCAGCAACAUCACAUCAGCGAGGAAGCAAAUCUUUCUGUCAAGGUUCUGAAGGAGCAGCAGGAGAGCCAUCUGCUGCAGCAGCAGGUGCAGCAGCAGCAGCGGACCUUCCCGGUGGAUCAAAGCCAGCAGCAGCAGCAGGUGCUGCCGGAGGACGAGACACUGCUAAAGGCCCCUGCAGCAGUACUGCGAAGAAGUCUCCGAGCACCAGCAGCAGUACCAGCAGCAGCAGCAGCAGCAGCAGCAGCAGCAGCAGCAGCAGCAGGGGGAGCCGCGUUCAGUGGAGCCGCUUCGAUGGGCUCUUUCGUCGCGUGCCUCUGGGGCCCUUUGCUGCUGAGGUCUCUCGUACAUUUAAAGAAGGGUCAGAGCGUCAGCAAGCGCUGCAGGAAGCAAAAGCAAUUGAAGAAACUCUGCUGCAGCCAGCUUGCUGCCCUGCUGCUGCUGAUCUGCUGCUGCCAGCAGAAGAAGACCUCAAGGUUCUGCAGCAGCUCCUCGAUUUGCAUGCGCAGCUGCUUCAAGAGGCGCGCCAGAAGGCCGCAGCAAAGAAACUAACCAGCAGCAGCAGCAACAGCAACAGCAGCAGCAGCAGCAGCAGCAGCAGCAGCAAGGACUUAAGCAUGCCAAUAACAGCACUUAUUGACUUUGGUUCUGUUGCUGCUUGGUGCUGCUUUGAGUUUAAAGAAGACGCAAGAGGGGGAGCAGAGCGUGCAGCUCAGCUGCUAGACUGUCUAUGCAGCAGCGGCAGGACCUCUGCACGCAGCAGCAGCAGCAGCAGCAGCAGCAGCAGCGGGGACGGCAGCAACGGAAGCUUCGUGCUAGACGAUGCAGCAAUAAGAGAAUAUCUGCGUAAGGUAGUGGCUCCAGCUCUGGCUCAGCAGAAGGGGGAGUGCGGUGCAGCAGGAGGUGCUGCAGUUGCUGCUGCAGCAGCUGCAGCAGCAGCAGCAGCAACACCCGAAGAAGAAGACAGCAGCUCGCGCAGCAGCAAAUACGAAGCCCUCGCCUCACAGCUAAGCAUCAGAGCCUUCAAACUUCUCUCUUCUUAUCAACUGGCUUUCUGCAGGAGACACUUGCAGCGGGUGCAGCUAACAGAAGACGGGAGGGCCCCCAACCUUAAGGCGCUGCUGGAGCAGCAGCUGCAGCAGCAGCAGCAGCAGCAGCAGCAGCACGAAGCAGCUGCCAAUGCCAGUAACCCUGCAGCAGAAGCAGAAACAACGCACAAAAAAGUAUGCUCCCUCGAAGGCCCUCCUGCAACACCAGCAGCAGCAGCAGCAGCAGCAGCAGAGGAUGCAGCAGCAGCAGCAGCAACAACGGCUGAAGCAACAGCAAAGAACAGGGAGGCGGGGGCUUCUUCUAAAGCAGAGAGCAAAGACAUGCAAGUAGACGGGGAGGCCCCCAAAACAGAAAAGCAGCAGCAGCAGCAGCAGCAGCAGCAGGAGCAGCGACAAAAGCAGCAGCAGCCUGCAUCGCAAGAAUCUGCGGGCAGCAGCUGCAGCAAUGACGCAGCUCCAGCAGCAGCAACAGCAGCAGCAUCAGGUGCUGUCUGUCCUUCUCUCUCGCCUGUCGCAGCAACAGGAGUGCGUGCGGCUGCUCCAGCAGCACAUCCCAGCAACAGCAGCAGCAGCAGCAGCAGCAGCAGCAGCAGCGGGGGUGCUGCUUCUUUAGUGGAGGUGGCUGGCCACCGUUGGUAUUGGGGCUCUGCAGGAGACAGCAAAGAGACAGAAGAUUUCGUAGGGGCGCAGUGCAUGCAGUUCCUGCAGGUGAGCAGGGUACUGUCCCGGGACUUGUCAGUGUAUAAGGGGGCUUUGCUGCGGAACAUCCUUGAAGAGAAUCAAACAGCGCUGCGAUUAGCUGAGAGAUAUGAUAUAUUAAACGAGCUGAUAGAAAGAUACGGGUCUAUGGAGCGCUGGUCUCAGCUAAGAACAAACUUUUGCUUAGGCUUAAGAGAUCUGCCGCUGCCCCCUUUCUUACCUACUCCUCAGCAGCAGCAACAGCAGCAGCAGCAGCAGCAGCAGCAGAUGCUGCAGCAGGGGAUGCUCAUGAAACAGCAGGGACAGGGAAGACAAGCUACUACACAUACUUUUGCUGCAUACGCACACAAUGCACACGGAAGAAGAGACUCCAGCAGCAGCAGCAGCAGCAGCAGCAGCAGCAGAAGGGACCGCAACUGCAGCAGCAGCAGCAUUCAGAAGGAGACACCUGAAGCUCUGCAGGCUGUAGCGGAACGCCUUGCUGCAGCAGCAGGAAGGAAGCAAGGUGCAGCAGGAGACCCAGAGCAGCAAAUGAAGCAGCUGCAGCAGCAGCGUCAGCUGCUAAACCCUGAGCCUGAGCCAGCGGUAGAGGAGGGUCCCCCAGUGAGCGACGUUGCGGAAGCAGCAGAAGCAGCAGCAGCAGCAGCAGCCGCUGCUGCUGCUGCUGCGGACCCAGGCGCUGCAGCGGCAGCAGCACUUCGGCUGUAUGAGCAGCAGGAAGCUACGCUGCCGCUAGAGACUUCAGCUGUCUCUCCAAGACCCCCGCUUACCGGCCUUCUUCGCAGUAUACAUACACCGCGAGCUAACGCAGAGUCUGCAGCAGCAGGAGCAGCAAAACGCAACUGCUCAAGCCCCACGGAGCGGCAGCAGCGGAGCAGUUCUCGUGCUGCUGCUGAAACGCCAACAGCAGCAGCAGCAACAGCAACAGCAGCAGCAGCAGCAAAGGGUCCUGAGGCCGGCGGUUCGUCUGAGUCUCCUCGCGUUAGCAGCAGGGCAUUGGCGUUGCCUAGCAGCAGUAGCAGCAGCAGCAGUAUAACCAGCAGCAUAACCAGCAGCAUAACGAGCAGCAGCAGCAGCAGCAGCAGCCUGAUGCGGAGCACCCCUAUCCCCACCCCCGGCGUCGUCAGCACCACAACGACCACUACGACCAUCAUGAGCAGCAGCAGCAACAGCAGCAACAACAACAGCAGCAGUUUUUUGCUGUCUGUAGGGUGGGGGGGCGUGGGCGUGGGUUUAGAGUUUGUUUGCUGCUGCGUGUGCUGGCAGGGCGAGGGGAGGAGCUGCGCCUUGCAAGCAGUGCUGCGCUCUCGGCGCUACGUAACCCGCGACCACUACCCUGAGCUGUAUGCUCUAAGCGAAAGGAAGGGGGCAUUCUUUUUAAAGAGAGCUUUGCCUGCAGCAGCAGCAGCAGCAGCAGCUCGCCGCAGCACAGCUGCAGCAGCAGCAGCAGCUGCUGCUGCUGCUGCUGCUGUGACUGGGAUACCCAGCAGCAGCAGCAACACGCCUCAUACACCCUCCAAAGCACACUCUGCAGCAAAUGCUGCUACCCCAUUGCCGGCUGCUACUUCUGCUUCUACAGCAACAUCAACCCGCCGAUCAGCAGCAGCAGCUGCAGCAGCAGCAGCAGCUGCUGCUGCUGCUGCUGCUACGCCGCAUGCAGCUGGAAGCAGCACUGCAGCGCAAACGCCUGUUGCAGCACAAGGGCCAGCGGCAGGUGGGGGUAGAGGCACACCCACAGAGGGAGCAGCAGCAGCAGCAGCAGCAACAGCAGCAGCAGCAGCAGCAGGGUUAAAGGCGGGAGAGACCCCAGGCACACCAGCAGCAGCAGCAGCAGCAGCAGAUGAUGGUGCAGAGAAGACAGUGCUGGAGGAGAUCGAUUUCUAUCAAGACCAUUGCUGCGCUGUUUGUUUGCUGCCGAAGCUAACUGCUAGCAGCAGCAACCCCUUCUUCUACUGCGCGCGGUGUGGGCUGACUGUACACCGCAUGUGCUACGGUGUCCCGCUGGAGUGUCUCCCUGCUGCGCUGCGCCCAGACCUGCAGCAGCAGCAGCAGCAGCAGCAGCAGCAGCAGUACGAGGCGGGCGGCAGCUCCUUGAAGCGGCUGAAACAGAACUCUGGCAUGCAAGAUACAGCCAGCAGCAGCAGCAGCAGCAGCAGCGUUAGAACAGCCGGCGCCUCUGCUGACGGGCGAGACAGCAGCAGCAGCAGCACGUGCAGCAGCAGCAGCAACAGCAGCACCCCUGCAACGCCUGCAGCUAUCUCCCGAGGGGCGAAGCGGCUUCAUUCGGAAGUCGCAGCAGCACCAGCAGCAGCAGGAGACCCCAGCAGCAGCAGCAGCAGCAGCAGCAGCAGCAGCAGCAGCGAGCCCUACGUGCCUGUACCUUUUCUCUGCGAGCCUUGCCGCUAUGCACCUGACAGAGAGGAGGUUCGAUGUGCUGUGUGCCCUCGCCGAGGGGGUGCAUUAAAGCUGUCGCUUCGCGGCUGCUCGGGUUUUACUGCUGAGAGUCUUGCUGCUGCUCCUGCUGCUGCAGUUGCUGCUGCAGUUGCUGCUGCAGUGCGCAACAGCAAAGAGACUCCGCUGCAGUUCGUUCAUAUGGUGUGUGCUCUCUGGACCCCCGGAGUUGAGGCAGCAGAGACAGAUAGUCUCUCACCUAUUGUCGGCGUUGAUGCUGCGCUGCAGCGACAGCUGCAGCAGACUGCAUGCACAAGCAGCAGCAGCACCAGCACCAGCACCAGCAGCAGCAGCAGCAGCAGCAGCAGCAGGGAAGACGCAGGAACGCCUCAACAGCAAACACUGCAGCCGCAACAGCUGCAGCAGCAGCAGCAGCAGCAGCAGCAGCCGGGUGUUCCGGGGGCUGCUGCUGGGUUGGAGUCUGCGUUGCACCCAUCGCCUCAGCACCUGCAGCAGCAGCAGCAGCAGCAGCAGCAACCGCCGUCUCCGCAGGCGCAGCAGCAGCAUCAGCAGCAGGAGGAGCAGCAGCAGCAUCAGCAGCCUGAGCAGCAGCAGCAGCAGCAGCAGCAGCAGCAGGUUUCUUGUGUUGCUGUUGGCGUUCGCCGAGGCUGUUCUAUCUGCGCAUUCGCAAACGCGCAAUCAAAUCGCCCACAGCGUCCGGCUGCUGCUGCGCCUUCGCUCCUUUUUGGAGCUCGUAAGUCUAUAGACUGCAGCAGCAGCAGCAGCAGCAGCAGCAGCAGCAGCAGCAACAUUAGUGACGGCAGCAGCAGCAGGAGCAACAGCAGCAGCAGCAGCUCUUUUGCCAAGAGGCUGUACAUACAGCAGCGGCGAAAGAGUCUUGCUGCUGCAUUUCCUCUCAAUCCAGCAGACGGCUUUGGUGUCUCCUCGAAGCAGCAGCAGCAACAGCAGCAGCAGCAGCAGCAGCAGCCCAUGCUUGUAGAUGGAGGGACAGAGAGCAGCAGCAGCGAAACUGCUGUUGUGCAUAGAGAGACAGGCUUCCGAUGCACUGACCUCUCAGAGGAGCAGCUGCAGCAGCUGGUGCAGCAGAAGUUGCAGCAGCAGCAGCAGCAGAAGCAGCAGCAGCAAGGAGGGUCUCUGAAGGAGACACUGCUGCGUCUUCUUGCUUCGGGUACUGCUGCAGCUCGCCGGCAGGCCUUGGCGCUAGCAGCAGCAGAACAGCAAACCUGGGAGGCGAUCCUUUCUGCCCCUGCUGCUGCUGCUGCUGCUUCUCCGGGUACUGACAGCAGCCCAGCAGCGGGAGCAGCAACAGAAGCAGCAGCAGCAGCAGCAUCAACAGAAGCAGGAGCCUCAACGGCUGCUGCAACCAAGAAUGCACGAAGGGCUACGACGCCCUCUAGCAACAGCAACAGCAACAGCAGCAGCAGCAGCAGCAGCAGCAGCAGCAACUACGAAGGGGGGGAAGAUGACUUUGGAGUUGCUGAGGGUCUCUUCUUAGACGAUGCAGCAGACGACAAUGCCGUGAAACAAAAAUAUUUGUCUCUCUUUGUUUGUGGGGCCCCCAAAGGAGAAGCAGCAGCAGCAGCAGCAGCAGCAGCAGCAAAGGAAGAGCCAGCCGAAGAGGGCGAACUGCUGCCGCUGCUGAACAGUCACCAGGCUGCUGCGGAUGCUAUGGAACAGCAGCAGCAGCAGCAGCAGCACGGAGUGCUUUGCAGCUGCUGGAAGCAGACAGCUACAGGCCCGACAGCAGCGGAAGCAACAGCAGCAAUAGCUGCAACUGCAGCAGCAGCAGAUGAGGACUCUGUUGCUGCUUGCCCAGAAGCUGUCCGGCGCUAUCUCGUUGGGGCAGCAGCUCUGAAGGCUCUGCAGCAGCUGCGGCUGUUCUUGGUGCAGCAGCAGCAGCCGCAGCAGCAACAGCAACAGCAGAUGCUGUACCAGGACGCUGCUGCUGCUGCAGCAGAGCUUCCUGGGGCAUAUCGCGUGAAGGGGGCUGCAGCAGCACCUGGAUCGGCAGCAGCAGCAGCAACAGCAGCAGCAGCAGCAGCAACAGCGGCAACAGCAACAGCAGCAGCAGCAGCAACAGCAGCAGCGUUGCCCCUAGACGAUGACAGCAGCUAUGUGGUGGAGCUCUCUCACCUACACCCGCUGCUGUCUCCUUUGAUGAGAGACACUUCCAGCGAAGUGCUGCUGCACGAGUUGUUUGCUGCUGCAAUGAACUGCAGAUACACUUGCUGGUGCUCCUUCGUUGCUGCAAUCAGCAGCAGCAGCAGCAGCAGCAGCAGCAAAGCAGGCGGCAUCAGCAAUGGCUGUGGAGGCCAGGUCCUGCCUGCUGCUGCAGCGUCGGCACAGACACCGCAGCUGCUGCAACAAGGAGACACUUCAUCUGCUGCUGCUGCUGCUGCUGCUGCUGCACGAGAUCUGGCGGCGCAGCAGCUGCAGCUGUGGGGAGGCUUCGUCAUCCCGGCGCUGCGCGCAGCAGCAGCAGCUGCAGGAGCAGCAGCAGCAACAGCAACAGCAGCAACAACGGAAGCAGCACAUUCCGCUGCAUGCGCUGCUGGAGUGGCGGUGCUGCAGCAGCUGCUGCAUGCGAGCAGCAGCAAAUGGCUUGCUGCUGCUGUUGCUGCGAAAACCUUACCCCCUGCUGACUGGCGAGGCACUAUAAGAAGAGGGGUUGCAGCAAUAGGGCGCCGCGUUGCUCUUUACUCGCCUUAUAUGGCUGUCUGGUAUGGAGGCCUUAUUGUCUUCUGUGAUAGCAGCAGCAGCAGCAGCAGCAGCAGCAGCAGCAGCAAACGCAGCAACAGCAACAACACCACCAGCAGCAACAGCAAGAGCAACAGCAGCAACAGCAACAAAAGCAACAACACCACCACCAACAGCAGCAGCAGCAGCAGCACCACCACCACCACCAACAGCAGCAGCAGCAGCAGCAGCAGCAGCAGCAGGAGUUUAUAUAUAGGAGAUCGGUACUUAGUAGCUUAUGACGAUGGCGACUGCUCUUGGGUUAACUUCGAUGGGCUCAACGACUGCGUCUUGUUCAGCACUGACACAGAGCAGCAGCAGCUGUGGAUGGAAGCCCUCAAGAGGCGCCGGAAGCGGAAGCUGCAGCAUGCGGUGUCUGUACACCUCAAAGAGCUGCAGCAAACCGUCACGGGGCCCUGCUCCAGCCCAGGCAGCAGCUCAGCCGUUGUGCAGCAGCAACAGCAACAGCAGCAGCAACAGCAGCAGCAGCAGCUGUUGCUGCAGCACGGUGCAGAGAAGGGCUCCACGGCGACUGGCGCAUUAUACUGCCUCUCUGAAUAG